GCCUUGGAGAAUGCCGCCAGUUCUAGGUGCCGCCACCAAGUUUCUUGUUCAUUCGAUGCAAGCUCAAUUACGAGGGGCGGCUCACCUCGCCUGCUGUUGUUCCUUCUUGGGGUCCGCGCUUAUUUUGAACUAACAUACGAAAAUGAAUGCGGUAUUCUCUCUAUGUUGGGCAGCGCUUACAGCGACUGCCGGUGUUUCAUUGGGCGUUCUCUUUCAACCUUUUUUUUUUGUUUGUUUACAUCAGCGGAGGGCCGUCUACGAAUAUGCUACUCAUACGGAAAGGGGGCAGGGGACAAGGGUGAAGCCGCGGAGAGGUAGGGGUGGAGGUGUGAGGUCACCGAUGCUGCUACUCCUGUUACUGCUGCUGCUGCCAGCUGUCCGUUUGUGUUUUAUAUUUUUGCUUGGUCUAUGGCUUAGGAGGGGCGGGCGCGGGAUUUGUCUUUGGGGAAACAAACAACGAAGCUUUUCGGGUCGGAUCGUGCGAACAGCAUGCUAGAGAAGAAACGAGGAGAAGGGAAGGGGGCGGGGGGGCCGAGACGGGGAGGAGAGGGAGGGACACGCGCCCCAUUGCUAAGGAGUUGCUUUCCUUUCCGUAAUAGCUUACGAGUGGUCGCGCAGAAAGUAAAUAGGGCAGUGUUGGAACGGGAAUGACACGAGACGUGUAUUAUGGAAUUCAUUUU